UACCCCGAAAUUUACAGCGAAGGAUUACGGACAUCUCUCUCUCCCUAGGUCUAGGGUUUAUACAAACUCGCGCAGUCCAGGCUCCGCCUUCCUCCCCAACAUCCCAAACCAACCUAACACACCAUGGACUUCACGAAGAAGCGCAAAACUGAGCCGAACGGCACCGUUUCACUAUCUCCAGCUUCCCAAUCGAGUUCUCUAACCUCAGAAGACGCCCGCAAGCUCCUCCAACCCUUGACCCAGGACCAGCUCAUCGACAUCCUCCAAAACGCCGUCGUUCGCCACCCCGACGUCCUCGACUCCGUCCGCUCCGUCACCGACAAAGACUCUACCCUCCGGAAACUCUUCAUCCGCGGCCUAGGCGCUGACACCACCUCCGACUCCCUCCGCUCUCUCUUCUCCGCCUUCGGCGACCUCGACGAGGCCAUCGUAAUUCCCGACAAGGCCACCGGAAAAUCCAAAGGCUACGGCUUCGUCACGUUCAAGCACGCCGACUCGGCCCUUCUCGCUCUCAAAGAACCGAGCAAGAAAAUCGAUGGUAGAGUCACUGUGACGCAAUUCGCCGCCGCCGGCUUGACGGCGUCGUUUAGCAACAGCAACUCUAACGCCACCGAUGUCUCCGCCAGGAAGAUUUACGUGGGAAGCGUACCGUUUGAUAUCUCUUCGGAGAGACUGUUGUCGACUUUCUCGGCGUACGGAGAGAUUGAGGAAGGACCGCUAGGGUUCGAUAAGGCCACCGGAAAAUCAAAGGGGUUUGCUUUCUUUGUGUACAAGACUGAGGAGGGUGCCAGGGCUGCACUUGUUGAACCCAUAAAGAACAUCGACGGUCAUCAGGUGGCUUGCAAAUUGGCGGUGGACAACAAGAAGAGCAAACCUGGUGGGGCCCAAGCAGCUCCUGUUGAUAACUCCGGCGUCCCUCCACCGCAAUCUUCGAUGCCACCGGGGUUGUAUCAGGGCCCACCUCCGCAUCAGCAGGGCCCAUAUUCCGGUUAUCCCGGCGGGCAUCAGCCUUUGCCUGGGCUGCCUGGUAAUAAUUUCGGUGCUAGGUAUAAUGCCAAUUUGGGAGGUGCAUAUGGUUUGCCGCCACCAGGUGAAUUCACAGCUCGGUUGCCGCCAAGUUCUAUAGGAAUGGGUCAUGGAGGGUAUUCGGAUGGUCCACAUUAUGGUUUAGGAGCAUCCAUGGGGCUUCCUUCUCAGCAUCAGCAGCCUCCUUCUGUACCUAGAGUCCCGCCUGGUGGACUUUACCAGGGGAUGCCACCAUACUACUGAGUACUUACUAAGGUCCUUGAGAAGCUUCUUGGGCGCAAAUGCUUUAAAUGGUUAUGGUGAUUUCAUGAAUGCAGACAAUGAAAUCUUUGGAUUGAUUAUAUGGACUGCUGUGAUUCUGUUGCUGCUUCACUUCAUCUGCUUCUAUGAGUUGUGCCUUGUUUUCUGAUCAAUGUUGAUCUAAAUGUAGAACUUAUUCGAAAGGAUAGUAUACCUUUUGUGAUAAAUGAUGUGCUGAAAUAGGGACUUCCUUUUUUGUUGAGUUGAUGACAAUACUUCCUCUGUUUUUUGUAAACUUCCUUGCAUUUCUUUAUGCUAUAAUGCUGAUAGUUGUUUUCUUUAUGUGAUAAUUUGUGGCUUUACCUUUAUAUGUGGCUCAUGAAAACUUCUAAUUUUUAUCAUGACAUACAAGUUUUGUUUCAGGAGUUUCAAUUAUUUAAGUUUAAAUUGGAAACCUCUGUUCCCUCUAAGUCCAUACCAUGAUGUCUUUCUUUGUUUGACUUUGGUUAGGUGUGUGAGUGAAAGUGCAAUUGUUCAUAUUCAUGAUUUUUAUGUAAUGUGGGCUUUGAUGUAAGCUUUCCAUUCUGCGGGUUCUCUACGUGCUGCCCAGUGAUUUGAUAGUUUGUCGUAUAUUCGAUACUUCCUCACCACUAGAUGAAUAGUGCAACGUUGGUACUUUUCUAUUUAUUGAGUUCGGAAUAGCUGUACAACUGGAACAGAUCAUAUUGUGUCUUUUUCCAUCUCUCUUAUGAACCUAUAGGUGAAGAUCCUAAAAGUGACUCCUUUUUCCAUCACAUUCAUGCUCAGUUUGGUCUUUGUAACGAGGGAGUUUAACCUAAAAUUUCAGGUGAAAUAUCCAUCUUCUCAGUAUAACAAAAAUAGGACACUUUAUUUUCUCUCUCAAACACUUCUCAGUUCUGUGAUCUGUCUCCUACGACUUAUUUCAGUUAGUUUAUGUUGAAAAUAAAGUUGUUAUACAGCCUUCCACGUCAUUUCGGAUAGUUGCUAGUAUCUUUAUUGGUUAGCUUAUGUUGACUUUGUCUCUUGUAUAUCAUGUAUGACUAUGCAAGUUGUGGGUUUUGUGAACUUGUUUACGUAUGAAAGAGUUUAUAUUGCUUUAGAAUCAGCCAUGAUGUGCAAUUAAAGUGAGUAUGAUGUCUUAGGUGUGUAAGUUAUUCUGCUGAACUGAUAUGAAAAUUAUCAUAUACAUUAAAGCGCAAGUAUCAUUCUGUCUUUCUUUCUUUUGGAAAUUCUUGUCUACUGCUUUUCCCUAUUCCCUCAAUUCAAGUGAAGCAUAGAGGGAAGAUUCUUAAAAUGGUUUCCUUCCUUUUUUUCGGGUUUUCAUACCCCACAAUCUAUAGAAAGCCUAAUGCAUCAUAUAAUUAGAAAUGGGUGUUCUUAUUUUCUCUCCCAGACGUAAUGUUGAAUUGUCCUCGUACCAUAUGUUAUCUUUGUGUAUUUUGAGUGUGGUUGAUGUAUGAGGAAAGCCACAUCCAUAUAUUAUACAUAUUAUGCCCUGUGGUUUCUGUUGGCUUUUGUGGAUAGCAUGACUCAGGCUUACCCUUUUCUCGGCUGCUGCUAACUAAUGAACCCGGAGUUGGCUUCUCUGUUCUUUGUUGGUCCAUUCUUGUGAUGUGGAAAAACAUAUAUGGCCCUCGUGGAGGUUGGAUCCUAAUCGGUGUGACCUGCUUAGUCAUUAUAGUUUAUCCUCAUCUUGAGAUCAAUGGCCUUAUUAUGGGUGGUGCUGGAAGUGUUUAGUUUUAUGACAUUGCGUGGGAUGAAACUUUAAUGCAUGGAGUUGAAUUUUUUUUAAUGUUUUGCCAGUUAUCUUUAUGUGUAUUUCUGGAUUGUGCCAGACGAAGAAAAGAAGGGUUGAGAUAGAUGAGUGCGAUUAGA